CUGGUAUGGUGCCUACAUUUCCCAGACUACAUCGCUGCUGGUGCAUUCGCCAUAUUGCCUUCGCCUAAACGCGCUGGCUGGAUAGGCAGUAUCCACAACUGAAAAUUUUUGCAGCGAUGACCCAGACAGUUCAGACCAACGGGGUUCAGCCCCUCAGUAAGACCUGGGAGCUGAGCCUGUACGAGCUACAGAGAACUCCACAGGAGGCUAUAACAGACGGACUGGAGAUUGCGGUGUCGCCCAGGUCCUUGCACAGUGAACUCAUGUGUCCUAUCUGUCUGGACAUGUUGAAGAACACAAUGACAACCAAAGAAUGUCUGCAUCGCUUCUGCGCUGAUUGUAUCAUCACAGCUUUGAGAUCUGGUAACAAAGAGUGUCCUACCUGUCGUAAGAAGCUGGUGUCCAAGAGGUCGCUGCGUCCAGACCCUAAUUUCGAUGCUCUGAUUAGUAAGAUUUAUCCCAGCCGUGACGAGUAUGAAGCCCACCAGGAGAGAGUGUUGGCCCGCAUUAGCAAACACAACAACCAGCAAGCCCUGUCCCACAGCAUAGAGGAGGGGCUGAAGAUACAGGCUAUGACCAGACUGCAGCGUGGUAAAAGACACACAGUGGAGAACGGCAGCGGAGCUGAAGACAACGGAGACUCCUCCCACUGUAGCAACGCUUCUGUCCACAGCAAUCAGGAGGCAGGUCCCAGCAUCAAACGCACCAAGACGAGUGAUGACAGCGGUCUGGAUAUGGACAACGCUGCUGAGAACGGGGGCGGGGACUCUGUGAUCGAUGGCGGCGCCAGCGAAAUAGAACUGGUGUUUCGGCCACAUCCCACCCUGAUGGAGAAGGAUGACGGUCACAACAGUGUGGAGUUCGUCCCUCGCUACAUUAAGACGUCCGGUAACGCUACAGUGGAUCACCUGUCUAAAUACCUGGCUGUCCGACUGGCUCUGGAGGAGCUAAGAAGAAACGCCGAGGCUAGUCCUGUUAACGUGGAGGCAGCUUCAGAGAAACAGUACACCAUCUACAUACCUACUGCUGGAAACCAGUUCACUGUUCUGAACGGUUCUUUCUCCCUGGAGCUGGUCAGCGAAAAGUACUGGAAGGUCAACAAACCCAUGGAGCUCUACUUUGCCCCUACUAAAGAACACAAGUAGACACACAUAAACACACACACACACACACACACAAACAUACACACACGCACACACUAGUAGGAAGUACACAGUUGGACUUGGCUACACUUGUUACACACAGACGAGGAGGAGGAGGAGGAGGAGGAGGAGGAGGAGGAGGAGGGGUGAAGUGUGUCUGAAGGAGAUGAGGAGGGUUGGUAAAACCCCCCCAAAAGGACUCUUGUAAAAAGAAAACUUUGUUUUAUAUUCUCUGUUAUCUUUCUCUGUGUCUCUUUCUAUCUUUCUCUCUGUAGAAGGUAGCAGAUCAGUACAGCAGCCAGCAGGUACAACUAAAGAGUUAACGGACUGCCAGCAGUGGUUGUAGAUUCUCUCUCCAGCUCUGAAAACCAGGGUUCAUUCAUGUCAGUCUGAAUUGCACGAUGCUGUUCUCCAAGUUUAAAAAAAAAACAAAAAAAAAAAGUAUUAUAUUGUAUUUUCCUUCAGCAAAGGCCCCUUUACACUGUGAGAUCUCCUCUGUCCCAAACCAAAGCUGACAACUGUGAGAGAAACAUGAUGGAAGUAUUCAAUCCUCGUCUCAACUAUCUCAAUUCACGAGGUUCCCCCCCCCCCCACCAACAUCGCAACAAGCUGCUCUGAUUAAUUGCUGUGAAGUGAAUGUACAAUGUGAUCGAUCAAUCAGUCUCUACCCCCCCCCCCCCCCCCCCCCCCGGCUGAGCUGAACCUAACAGACACACCUCAUAUCAUCAGUGUAGUUACUACAUGACUGUCUAAACAGUCGCCCUCCCUCGUUAAAUGUUGUUUUUUGCUGUGUGAUGUAGUGCUACUGUUAGUUUUCCCCUUAAUAAUAUUAUAUUUCAUAAAAUGUAAUUAUUUCUUCUGAUGAUCCAUGUGAAGUGCCAUUUUGUAACAUUAAAAAAAAAACAACAACAAACAAAACAGUCCCGGCCUUAUGAUGAUGUCAUUUACUGUAUUUUUUUUGGAAAAGGAGCAGCAUAGUUGGCUCGCCUGUGCUCGCAUACACACUUUUUUUUUUUUUUUUUAAACUUCAUGCAUCCAUUCAUCAGAUAUUAAUCACACAUUCUGACAGGCCUCAAAAGUGACAUCACACAGUCAGAAGACAGACUGGGACCAGUAAUUAGUGACUUGCUGGUAUCACACAGUGUAUAAGGGCUUUGAAUACUGCUUGAUAAAAACGACAGCGUUCACACUGAGAAACUUUGACCAGCAGUGGGCAGUUCUUUCUUUAUCAAGCUACACAGAUUGGAACUUAUUUUUUUUUUUGUAACGUGUCAAGUGUUUUUUGAGCUUUUCUUUUUUUUUUUUUUCAAUGUCUCUGUAGUCUUUCAAAUAAAACUUGUAGAGAACUGUGAAGGUUUGAAUGGCUGCAGUGUGUGUGUGUGUGUGUGUGUGUGUGUGAACAAGAAGGGAGAGAGAGAGAGAGCAUCGAAUGAAUGGUGACUCUUGAGCGUGACGCUACCAGUGUGAACGCAUAACAAUCCAGCUGCAUCAUCAGCAGGGUUUGUUGCUGUGGCCUCAGACUCGCUGUGGAAACCCUGAGUAGUGACAGAGAAUCUAACAGCUGUUGUCUUGAUCUGUUACCUCGUAGGAACAAACUGUCCUCUUAAUAUCUGUGGCUGCUCUCUAUGGCUUGUCCUUUUAUAAAUGUCUUUUUUAACAUGGGGAGGAAGGAGUGUGUGUGA